AAAAAAAAAUCUUUUCAUUUUUAAUAGUUGCAAAAUAUUAUUUUAUUUUUUUCUACACAUGCACUGAUCCACAAAUGGGAAACUGCUGCUUCCAUGGACGAUCUAGCAAGGACGCUGUAAAAAACUAUGACGAGAUGAGAAUAUCCAGACUUUUUGCAUUACUGUUUGUGAUAACGGGUUACACCAAACCGGCGAAGGGGGUCCCUCUGCGCCCUGUCUGUGACCCCCGAGUGAUGGACAGGUUUGUCAAGGAGGCGAGAGACGCCGAGAGCGCAGUGGUAGGUCCAUCCUGUUUUAAAGAGAAGUUGAGUGUACUGUACAGUGAGAGAAAAGAAGCGUGUGUUUUACCGGAAGAUCUCCAGCUUCCCGUUACGAAUAUAAACUUCAUGGACUGGGAUGCGGAAGACAGCAGAGUGAAAGAGGAGGAGGUUCAAGCAGGGCUCUCUCUGUUGAGCCAGGCGAUGCUGGCCGCUCACAGCCACGCCACCAGCAGAGCCACGCGGCAGCAUUUAGAGACGGCCCACAGCAACCUGCGAAGUAUAGCCCAGAUCCUGAAGAGCCUGAACAUGCAGGAGGUCAGCUCUUCAGAAUCUCGGCCCAGGAAAACCUUCGCCGUCCGAAGCAUCGAAGAGCUCUUGCGCGUUCACACAAACUUCUUACGAGGGAAGGUCAAACUGCUGCUGAGCGCCGCAGAGGCGUGCCGGUCAGAGAGAAGCUGAUGGAGGGAUCUGACCGCAGUGGACAGUGCAGACAUGGGGCAAGCACAGUUUCAGCUCGGAGAUGAAGGAACGGGCAGCCUGCCAGUGACGUUUGGGGCUGGGGGGGGGUGAGUUCCGGCACCUCUAUUUGGAGAAGGCGUUGGAAGAGAAGAGUCAGCAUUGAUGUGGCCCAGGCAAGCACGUAGCCCUGUCAACGACUCGGCUGUGGAAACACAGUGUGAACUUUCUGCAGAUAACAACGCAGCCAGUUUAAAUAUUGACUGAUGUUGCCUAAUAUCCUAAAAAGUUCAUGAGAAACUGAUUUCAUAUCUCUCUCUCUCUAUAUAUAUAUAUAUAUAUAUGUAUAUUUUAGCUCAAAGAGCCAUAUAUAUGUUGUCCUCAAUUGCAGACGAGCUAUCUUUACCCAGGUUAAAUUAUGAUGUACAGUCUUUUUGUGUAUCGCAGAGUGUAUUUAAAUACAAAUAUUAUUCU